CAAUUUAGUUCGCCUGUUUCUGGAGGCAACUAUAAGUAUAUGCGUACUUUGAAAUUGAAAACUAAAGGAGAUAGCGCUGUACGGCUUCGAACAUUGGCGUUAACUCUGAUUGUCAAAAGUUGACGUUUGACAAUUCAAUGACCUAAAACAUAUGGCGCAGUACAGCGCUAUCUGUUUCGGCUGUCAAACUGGGUGCCACGUUUUUCUUAGACUUAAUUACAAUCAAUAUCUCUUUGCCCAUACCUAAUGUGGGCUUAGAAAGCCACUGGCUGGUUGGCUAACUUGUCAUUUGACUAGGAAUUGAUGACGGUGGCAGUUAUGAGGACUCUGAUAAUCCUUGCAAUUAAUAGAUUUCGCUACACCUGCCCACGUUGUUAUUUUACCAAAUACUGCAAAGAGGUAGCGGAGACCAUCGGCAUCGUAGGAUGGGUGAAGAACUCAAAACAAGGCACCAUCGUGGGCAAAAUACAAGGAGUUAAGCCCCUAAUGGAUCAAAUGAUCGAAUGGCUGAGCACCGUGGGCUCGCCGGGCUGCAAAAUACAGAAGUGCGACCUGACCAACAGUCAGCAGCUGGCUCGCCUUGACUACCACGAUUUCACCAUACGGUUUUGAAAAUUGCAAACGAGUUUGAAUUGUUACUUUUGAAAUAAAUAAAUACGGUUUUUAUUGUUCAAGUUGUCCGAAUACAUACACUGUAAUAGCGGUCAGCAGUAGGUAUAGUAUAUAAGUGUAGGUAUUGCAUGUGGAAGAGAUGUCACAUACAGCAAUAAUGUAUAUGUUUAAAGCUAUGUUCAGACUUGUCUCGAACAAUCCCAUCAAAAACAUAAAUGUGAAAUGAGAGCCAAGUUCAUUAUUAAGAAUAUGCUUGUUUGUUGAUUUCGCUGGCAAAACAAUUAAGAUCUAUAUGGGUGCCAAUGGUGUUCUAUAGUUCACUUAGGAUGUAAUUAAAGUUAAAGAUUUGUCUUGGCCAGUUUUUACGUACAGGCUAUAUUAUAUGUAUUUGUCUAUGUUACUUUUCUAAAAUUUAGUUUGUUGGUAUAUAAACUAGCCAAAACAAAUCCUGUAUAUAUAGAUAUAGAUCUCAAUUGUUUUCCCGGCAAAGUCAACAACGACGCAUACUCGUAUUCUUAAUAUUGAGCUUGGCUCUCAUUUCACCUUUAUGUUUUCGAUGGGAUCUCUUAUACCAAAGUGACUUCUCAUAUAUGUAUUUAGAUUUUAGGUAUGCAUUUUGUAAGACGUUUUAACCUCUUGUUGUAGAUGUCCGGUGUUUUCGCCGGUAACCGGACCAUAUUACGUGACUACGUCCAGUUUUGUAUGUGGCUACCGCACAGCUACACCCAAGAAAACAAGACAUCGUCACUGAGCCCGGACAAUUGUCCGGCGAAAACACCGGACGUUUACAACCGGCCUAAUAAUGAUGCAAGCCGUGAUGCUGUGCUAUUUAUCGGGAGCGGAAAACUUGACCAAUAAACUGCUGAACAAGUAGCCGAAUUCGAACUUUAGAAAUUACAACUUGUCUUGAUAUUGAUUUGAGAUGCCUCGCAGUGAGUCUCGCGUGCACAAAUACACAUAUUGAGGUAAGUACGACUGAGAUGCACUGAGAUGAAUGUCUGUUGAUGACUAACACAAGUAAGACAACGCCUAUUAAACACAGCCAAAUGAACACAAACACGAAUAAACACGCCAUCACGAAUAUUCACCGAAGAAGCAUAGGAAAAAAAGCAAAGGGCUUUGGAUUUUUAAAGUUCGAAUCCAGUUCCAGGGCUUAGGUUUUUCACUUUAACAUAGAAAAACAAGGUAAUACUCGUAAGAAUUAAUGGACAAAGUGUGUAAAUUGCCUCCUUUUUAUAUAUUUUUAUUUAUGAGUCGCUUAUGAUUUGAUAAGAUUGUUCAUGUUUCUUAUUUUGGGAAGUGUAUCAAAUUAAACAUUUACUUAUAAAAUAAAUAGUAAAGUCUA